AUGGUAGAAGAUGGUAGUUAUGAGCAAUAUCCAUGGGGGAAAUUAGUAUAUUCAAAAUUGAUAAAAGGAAUGCGUCAGGAGUUUUCAAAUGCCAAACAAAUGUAUCGUCUAGGCGGCAUGCCAUACGCUCUGAAUGUUUGGAUAUAUGAAUGUGCAUCUCAAGUUCCCUCUGAAAUUGCUGUAAGAGUGGGCAAUAAAAUUCCCAGAAUUCUUAACUGGCGUGUUGUCGCCGUGAAGCCAAAAUUUGAGACCUUCAUGUCUACCAUCUUCAGUGAGUAUCAAUGCUCCAACAUUGUCCAAUCUCAAUAUGAAAUGGAAUCUAUUGUCGUUCAUGACAGCCAACAGAAACCUGAAGAUUCAACAUCGGCUGCCAAGGUCAAUUUCAGAAAACCUCAUGAAAUCACUGGAUUUGAGGACUUUUCAACAACACCACCCAUUGAAUUUUUAAAGAGAUCCAGGGAUGUCGCUGAGACAUCUUCUCCACCUCCUUCCAAGAGAAUGAAGACUUCCCCUGCUAAAAAGUCAAUUCAAGUAGAAACAGCCAACAUGCACAAGGAUUUCUUAUCACCAAAUGAAUCAGGAAAUGUUGUUUCUCCUGACAAUGAACCAGGGGCAAAGUCACCAAAGGAAUCAGAAAAGCUUAUUUCUCCUGACAAUGUACCAGGGGCGAAGUCAGCUGUUGACCGGAAGUUCAAGCGUUUGGAGAACAAAAUGGAUUCAAAUCACAUUGAUCUUUUGAAAGCCAUCGACAGUAUGGCGAACCGAAUGACUGGCACAUCAUCUCAAGUUAAAAAAGAUGAUUUUGAUCAAUCAUUCCAUGUGGUUGAACAACAAGAAGCACCUACUGGAUUGGAGGUGCACAAUUUUGCAAAUAAAUCUGACCCACCCCCAAAAAAUGACAAAUCUAAUGUCCAGGAAGAUAUUAAGGGACCUGAACCAUCCACCAUGAUAAAUCAGGUGGACAACAUAUCGGAACAAAGCAUUUUAGCAGAUGUUCCUGAAUUAUUUGAUCAGCAAGUUUAUUCUGAUACAUUAAAGGAAGAUGAACCAUCCGUCAAGGAUGUAUCAGCACACCAAAUGGAACCACAAAGAGCAGAUACUGAUCAGCUUAUUGCUGAUUCUGAUACAUUACAGAACACUGGAAAGAAAGAUGGAAGAGUAGCUGAUGAUAAAUCUGCCAAAGUAGAAGAGCAAGUUGAGGAGAUUGAAAAAGAAAAAAUCAAACCAAGCACAUCAGAAUCCAAUACUUCAGCACCAUUUUCGACCGAAACUCUGGAUGUGAUAGAUGCUCUAAUAUACGGACUUCCAUUACCAGCCAUGCCAUUGACAGCUGUUAGUCAUGAGCAAGUUCAGGAUGAAUGUCUAUUACGCGAUAGCCAGCUACCAACCACUCUUCCAUCAAAAGCUAAUGUAUUGUCUGACGAUGCGAAGACACCAUCUCGAAGAAGCAGGAUUCCUUCGAAAAUCUUACAGUCGCCGUAUCUUUCAAACUUUGGGUCGAGUGAAAAGGGAAAGGAAAAUUUGUCAGAUGUUACGCAUCAGACACGCCCUUUUGAAGGUUUUGGUAUAUGCUAUCAACCCCCUUCCGAGCUUGUCACAGACUACUCUCAAUGGAUAGAUAAAGGACUUCUAAAAUCACAUGGCAACAAGAAUUCGAAGGAGGAUCAUUACAGAUCUAAGUGCUCUUCAUUCGGCUUUGAAAAAAUGGACUUUGUUGUGGCAUUUCCUAAAGAUAAGAACUGGUUUUACCUAAUGUCACAGCCGGACAGAUGCUGGAACGAUGAGGUAAAAAUUUCAUCAUAA